CCUGGAAUCCAUUCCCUGGGGCAGAAUUCCCACCUGGAAUCCAUUCCCUGUGUUUUCCCCGCAGAGAUUGUGGACGGGAACGCCAAGAUGACGCUGGGCAUGAUCUGGACGAUCAUCCUGCGCUUCGCCAUCCAGGACAUCUCCGUGGAAGAGACCUCGGCCAAGGAGGGGCUCCUGCUCUGGUGCCAGCGGAAAACGGCUCCGUACAAGAACGUCAACGUCCAGAACUUCCACAUCAGCUGGAAGGACGGGCUGGCCUUCAACGCCCUCAUCCACCGGCACCGCCCGGAGCUGAUCGAGUACGACAAACUGCGCAAGGAUGAUCCUGUCACCAACCUCAACAACGCCUUCGAGGUGGCUGAGAAGUACCUGGACAUUCCCAAGAUGCUGGACGCCGAGGAUAUCGUGGGCACGCUGAGGCCCGACGAGAAGGCCAUCAUGACCUACGUGUCCUGCUUCUACCACGCCUUCUCCGGGGCCCAGAAGGCGGAGACGGCCGCCAAUCGGAUCUGCAAAGUUCUGGCCGUGAACCAGGAGAACGAGCAGCUCAUGGAGGACUACGAGCGCCUGGCCUCGGAUCUGCUGGCCUGGAUCCAGCGCACCAUCCCCUGGCUGGAGGCCCGGGACCCCCAGAAGACCAUCCCGGCCAUGCAGCAGAAGCUGGAGGAUUUCCGCGAGUACCGCCGGGUGCACAAACCCCCCAAGGUGCAGGAGAAAUGUCAGCUGGAGAUCAACUUCAACACCCUGCAGACCAAACUGCGCCUCAGCGGCCGGCCCGCCUUCAUGCCCUCCGAGGGCAGGAUGGUCUCGGACAUCGGGGCAGGCUGGCAGCGCCUGGAACAGGCUGAGAAGGGACACGAGGAGUGGCUGCUGACGGAGCUGCGGCGCCUGGAGCGCCUCGAUCACCUGGCCGAGAAAUUCCGGCAGAAAGCCUCGAUCCACGAGGGGUGGACGGAAGGUAAGGAGGUGGCCCUGCGGGACCGGGACUCGGGCACGGCCUCCCUGGCCCAGGUGCGGGCGCUGCUCCGCAAGCACGAGGCCUUCGAGUCGGACCUGGCGGCGCACCAGGACCGGGUGGAGCAGAUCGCGGCCAUCGCCCAGGAGCUCAAUGAGCUGGAUUACUACGACUCCCCGAGCGUCAACGCGCGGUGCCAGAAGAUCUGCGACCAGUGGGACCUGCUGGGCUCGCUGACCCACAGCCGCCGCGAGGCCCUCGAGAAAAUGGAGAAGCAGCUGGAGACCAUCGACGAGCUGCACCUGGAGUACGCCAAGCGCGCGGCGCCCUUCAACAACUGGAUGGAGAGCGCCAUGGAGGACCUGCAGGACAUGUUCAUCGUGCACACCAUCGAGGAGAUCCAGGGCCUGAUCGCGGCGCACGAGCAGUUCAAGUCGACGCUGGGCGACGCCGACCGGGAGCGGGAGGCCAUCCUGGGCAUCCAGGGCGAGGCGCAGCGCCUGGCGGAGCUGCACGGGCUGCAGCUGCCCGCCAGCAACCCCUACACCUCGGUCACGGCCCAGGUCAUCAACUCCAAGUGGGAGCGGGUGCAGCAGUUGGUGCCCAAGCGGGACCAGGCGCUGCAGGAGGAGCAGAACCGGCAGAACUCCAACGAGCACCUGAGGAGGCAGUUCGGGAGCCAGGCCAACCGCGUGGGGCCCUGGAUCCAGACCAAGAUGGAGGAGAUCGGGCGGAUCUCCAUCGAGAUGAACGGCACCCUGGAGGACCAGCUGAACCACCUGAAGGAGUACGAGCAGAACAUCGUGGAGUACAAGCCCAACCUGGAGCUGCUGGAGCAGCAGCACCAGCUGGUGCAGGAGGCGCUCAUCUUCGACAACCAGCACUCCAACUACACCAUGGAGCACCUGCGCGUGGGCUGGGAGCAGCUGCUGACCACGAUCGCCCGAACCAUCAACGAGGUGGAGAACCAGAUCCUGACCCGCGACGCCAAGGGCAUCAGCCAGGAGCAGAUGCAGGAGUUCCGCGCCUCCUUCAACCACUUCGACAAGGACCACGGCGGUGCCCUGGGCCCCGAGGAGUUCAAGGCCUGUUUGAUCAGCCUGGGCUACGACGUGGAGAACGACCGGCAGCCCAAGCGCCGCACGGACUCCAACGACUUCCGCGCCCUGCUGUGCUCUGCAGGAUCCAGCCUGGGCGACGCGGAGUUCCAGCGGAUCAUGGCCGUGGUGGAUCCCAACGGCAGCGGCAGCGUCACCUUCCAGGCCUUCAUCGACUUCAUGUCCCGGGAAACCACGGACACGGCCACGGCCGAGCAGGUCAUCAACAGCUUCCGCGUGCUGGCCGGGGACAAGAACUACAUCACGGCGGCGGAGCUGCGCCGGGAGCUGCCGGCGGCGCAGGCCGAGUACUGCAUCGCGCGCAUGGCGCCCUACCCCGGCCCCGACGGCGUCCCCGGCGCCCUGGACUACAAAUCCUUCUCCACGGCGCUCUACGGCGAGAGCGACCUCUGAGCGGGGCCCGGGCUCCUCGAGAUCCCGCAGGAUCCCUCGGGAUCCCCCAGGAUCCCAGGUCCCCCGCAGCCCCGGGUCCCCCAGGAGCCCCAAGGGUCCCGGAUCCCUGAUGGUCCCCAAUGGUCCUGGAGCCCUGAGGAUCCCCCAGGAUUCCCGGGGAUCCCAGAUCCUGGAUCCCUGAUGGUCCCGGAUCCCUGAGGGUCCCCAGGGGUGCCCCAGGAUCCUUGAGGAUCCCAGAUUUCCAACAGUCCCAGAUCCCCCAGGAUCCCCGAGGGCCCUCAGGAUCCCGGAUCCCCGACCGUCCCCAACGGUCCCGGAUCCCUGAGGGUCCCCCGGGAUCCCCAAGGAUCCCAGAUCCCUGAUGGUCCCUGAGGGUCCCGGAUCCCUGGAGGAUCCCAGAUGAUCCUGGAUCUCUGGGGAUCCCUGAGGAUCCCGGAUCCCCGGUGGUCCCAGACCUUGGAGGAUCCCGGAUCCCUGACGGUCCCUGAGGGUCCCCCAGGACCCCCAAGGAUUCCCGACGGUCCUGGAUCCCCAACAGUCCCAGAUCCCUCAGGAUCCCUGAGGGAUCCCGGAUCCCCGACCCCCCCCCGCCUCCUACUAUGCAACAGUUGAUUGAUGUUGGGAUAUUUCGGGAUGCGAUUCCCACUUUUCCUCGGGUUCCGCCUCCCGCGGGGCCUGGCAGCGCCCGGAAAUGGUUAUUUUUGGUAACGAGACACAGAAAGAGAGAGGGGAAAAAAGAGAAAUUCCUGCUAUUUUCCACGGGAUCAGCGGCGCAGCCCGAGGGUUCCCUCUCCCCUCACGUUUCCCCCGCUUCUCACGUAAUUUAUGGGGAAAAAUUCGGGGUUUUAGGGGUUUUUUUUUAGGUUUUUCACUCACAUUCCCACCUCGGAGCAGCGUUUUGUGGACCAAAAAAAAAAAAAAAGGGGGAAAUAAGGGGGGAAUAGGGAAAAAAGGCGAGAAAUGCGAAGCGUGGAAAAAAUUAGGAGGAAAAAUGUGGAGGGAGAUGGAAAAUUAGGAAAAAAAAUAAAGAGAAAUGAAAAAUGUGGAAAAAAUAGGAGAGGAAUGAGGAAAAUCAUAGAGAAAUCUGGAGGAAUACAGAAAAAAUUUGGGAAAAUAAUGAUAAAUAAAGAAGAGUAAGGAGAAAAAUCGAGAGAAAUAAGGAGAACUGUAGAAAAGUAUUAAAAAUUAAGAGAAACAAUGAGGAAAAUUAUGAGAAAUCCACCUAAUACAGCGCCUGAUCCUGGAAAAUUUUGAUGGGAAGCAGAAAAUUCCGGUUUCCUUUAUAACUUUACGGAUUUAUUAUAUAAAUAUAUAUUCACGUAGCAGCUUCUUUGUCCUGUAAUUAAAAUAUUGCUGGA